AAUUGUUUUUUUUUUUUGAAAAAAGUACUCCCCUUUUAUUUGUUUCUCGUUAUCAUAGCUAUCUUUCUCCACAUAUGAGCUUGUCCGUUGAUAAUAAGUCCAUUCCUCUUUCUGGGUUCUCUUUAUUUUGUAUUUUUAACGUGCAUGUUUGUUACUUUGGUUCUUUUGGAUGGAGAAAAACAAAAAAUAAUCAAAUGGGUAUCUUUGUUUUCUGAUGGUUUAGUAGAAAUAAGUCAUGGGUGUUCGUUCCCGUGGUGGUAAUGAUCGACUGAGAACAGUUUGGACCCCUGAAAUGGAUCGGUAUUUCAUCGAUCUCAUGUUGGAGCAGGUCAACAAAGGGAAUAAAUUUGAUGACCAUUUGUUCAGCAAACGAGCAUGGAAGCACAUGGCUUUCUUGUUCAAUUUAAAGUUUAAGUUUCAGUACGAGAAAGAUGUUCUUAAGAAUAGGCAUAAAACGUUAAGGAAUCUGUAUAAGGCUGUAAAGAAUCUCCUUGACCAGAGAGGCUUUAGCUGGGAUGAAACUCGCCAAAUGGUUACUGCAGAAAACAAUGUUUGGGAUGAGUAUAUUAAGGCACACCCAGAUUCUCGUUCGUUUAGAAUAAAAACCAUUCCUUAUUACAGUGAUUUGUGUACGAUAUACAGAGAUGCAGCCCCUGAACCAGCAGGUGACAGCGUGCUAGAGGGAUCUUUGCUUUCGAGUGAUAAAUUAGCUAUCGUAGUUACACAGCCAAGUGAAGUUGGGGAUGGGGACACACUGGCUCUUCAUGAUAUCAUGAUUGAUGAAGAUUAUGGAAUAACUAUAUCUGAAAAAGAUGGUGAACUUGAUGUUCCCCAACAGGCUAUGGUGAGUUCGAAAGGAACCACAUUGAAUAAUCGAACAAGAACUUAUUGGCAGCCACCUAUGGACCGGUAUUUCAUUGACCUCAUGUUAGAACAGGUGCAGAAAGGCAGCAGGAUUGAUGGUGUAUUCCGAAAACAGGCAUGGAUGGAGAUGAUUGCAUUGUUCAAUUCCAAGUUUGGAAUUAACUAUGACAUGGAUGUUCUUAAAAAUCGGUACAAGACUUUGAGAAGACAGUUUAAUGUUAUCAAGAAUCUACUUGAUUUGGAUGGUUUUGUUUGGGAUGAAACUCGCCAAAUGGUGACUGCUGAUGACUCUGUUUGGCAAGAUUAUAUCAAGGCUCAUACGGAUGCUAGACAGUUCAUGACCAGGCCUGUUCCUUAUUAUAAAGAUUUGUGUGUGAUAUGUGAUCCAAGUUCUGAUGAAAAAGAGAGCUCUUCUGGUCAAGGGUUGGAGCAACAAAAUGAUCAAGACACCAGGUCUCCAGCUACAUCAGUUUCAAACGGUGUAAAUGUCAUUGGUGAUGUUAAGAACAAACGUCAACUAGAGUCUUCCCUUCCUCAAUCGAAAAGAUUUCGGGAAAAAGAUGAAGGAAUGGCUAGUGCUUUUCGUGAGAUGGCGACUGCAGUUUCUUCUCUGUCAGAAAAUAAGAACACUGAAGAGAACUACUCCAUACCGAUAGAGACCGUGAUAGAAGCAGUGCAAGCUUUGCCGGAUAUGGAUGAAGAGCUUGUGUUGGAUGCGUGUGAUUUACUAGAGGAUGAGAAAAAGGCCAAAACUUUCAUGGCAUUAGAUGUUAAGUUACGUAAAAAAUGGUUGUUGAGAAAACUUAGGCCACAAGCAUAGUCAUUUUAAGUGCUGUAGUCGAAUUUUGUUUUGGUACAUGGGUUACUCGAGUGAAUUAGCCAUCUUAGAGAGUUAGAGGUGGCUCAUGAAAGAAACGUGUAUGUAUGCUUUUUCAUUUAUUAACAUUAUUAAUAGAAGUGAUUCAAAUAAA